AUGAUGCCACCACCGCCGAUCCCGACAGUGGUGGAGAGGUGGGUCUCAUUUGAGACUCACCAGUUCACACUGUACCACAUGGAGGCAUGUGCCGUGUGUUACGCCUACCUUCAACAUAUUGCAAUGGCACGCAACAUGGCCCCCUACCAGAAAGCCCACACAAAUGUGCUCAAUGCCAAGCAGCACCUGUUUUGGGAGCACUUCCAGACCUACAUGGCCUCGGAAGGGGGAGGACGUGGUGACGCUCCCACUCAGCAAUGCAACAUGGAGCUGCAAGCACAACUCUGUGCAGCAGAAGCAGAAGCAGCCACACAGCGAUGA